AUGUUUUUGGGCUUUGGAAAAAGGAAUUCCACACCAAAAAGGCCUGGAACGCCUCAGGAAUCGCCUAAAACACUGUCAUCUCCUGGUCUUAGCCUGGCCGCGGAUGGGCCAAAUGGUGGUUCUCGAUCAACUGUUCAAACAACUGCUGGACCAUUGUUGUCUUCAACAAGAUUUAAUUCAAUCCUAGAUGCAUCAACUUAUGCUAAUGUUAAUAGUCCUGGUUUCACCAGUAGAGUUGUCAAUUGCGCCUCAAAUGGGAAUUCUUAUCAUGAGAAUAGUGCAACUCAUCAGAGCAAGUACUCAACAGUGGGGCUUUUUCCAAGAGUUAAUCUAGGAGGCCAGUCAACUCUAUCAAUUCUCUCGCCGCGCAACAGUCAAAAAGUUGGCAGAACACCAGUUAGAGUCCGUAUUGCCCCACCUUCCAGCAAUCUUCUCAGGAGGCACUCCAUUAGUUUUAGCUCUUCAGAAGCUAUCAAAGUUAACAGUGAAAUUUCAAAGCAACUUCUAUCAUCCCCUCAACAAAGCCACAGAAAAGAAGGCAGCUUAACUCUAUCAAAGAACACUGAUGGUGUUUCCUCACUAGACAACCUUCAAGAGGCGUCAAGGAAGCGGAUAUUUUCUGAGUGUCAAGAUAGUUUUGAUGAAUCAAAGAAAAGACGAAAGAAGACUGAAAUUCCCAUCCCCAACCCAAACAACGAUGUGUAUCAUUAUAGACAUGUGCGAGCUCCAUCAGUCCCUACCAGUCCUCCCCAACCAGAUAAUGCCUCUCAGGGUAAAAGAGCAAGAGAGAAGGGGUCGCCUGAAGAGCAGAAACGCCAGCGGAGGAAAGUUUGCAACACAAACAAUGCUAUCUUUAGCUCACUUAGCUCUAGCCGAAAUUUGUUAGAGAGACUUACUUCCCAAAAACGGAAGUCUAUUGAUACUUCCCGGUCAAGUAGCCCAUUAACACCUUUGAGUGGUAAGCAAGUAAAAGAAAGCAAGACAACUCCUAAUGUAAAAGCUGCAGAAAUUAACUUGAGCAUUAUUCCUCACAAAAAGAGUGAAAAAAUAUCUGAUGAUGUUGAUAAAGUUGGUACUCCAAUCUCAUCUAAAGUAAUAUCUCAGAGAAGUGAUUUGUGUACAAGAGAAAAGAAUGAAAUUGGGGAAAAGACUGUUCUUAAAGACACUAACCAAUCAUCUACUUGUGAUUACACCACAAAACUUUUCCGGAAAGAUGUGUCUUCACAUGUACCUAGGACACCAACAUCCAAAACAACUAAACAAAGCCUAUGGGUGCAAGCACCUGAAGUUGAUGACUUGAGCUGUUCUCUUCUCAGUGAUGAUUCAAAACUUGACAGACCUGAAAGACUAAAGAGCUUAUUGGCACGAGUCAGUGGCAAAGACAAAAAUCCUGCUGAUGAAACUAAUCCCACGAUAAGUGAUGCUUCCAAAGAAUCUUCAAAGGGCUCUUUUGUUGGAGCUUCCUUACCUGGCAAUACCACUUUGAAGGCACUUUCACCAUCUUCAGCACUUACAGUGACUGUAUCAUCAACAUGUACUAUCAUGACAUCUGCUACUGUUACAUCUGUAAAUGGAGUGCCUUCUUCUGAAAGCAGCCGUCCACCCCCAAGUAUGCCUGCCUCUGUCACAUCCACACAGAGUUCUCAGUUACAGCUUACAACAGGAAAAUCCCUAGCAGGUGUGACUUCACCUUCAGCUGGAGGGCAUAAGCCAGAAUCUCUGUUGAAUGCAAGUGGUGUUGGUGCUUUGACUGGCACCUCUUCAAUUGGAGGAUUGAAGUCAUCUACUGGUUUCACCAUGAAAUCGCCUGACAACAAUAAUUCUACUUCUCAAAGUGGAAGUAAAGCAAAUACAUCAGCGGAGUUACCGAAAGCUACUUUUCAAUUUGGGUCGAGUAGCAGCAAUGUACCAACACCUAGUAAUUCUCACUUCAGCGUGACACCUAAUGUGGAAACAUGUGCUGCAGUAUCUGCUAAUUCAAAUAGCUCGCCAUCAUUUUCUCUGGGUUCUAAGAGUGACCAAACAACUGCAGUUGCAAGUUCGACCUUCCAAUUUUCGUCCAAGCAGUCAAAUACUGCACAUUUGCCAGGACCCAAAUCAAGUACCAACCAGGCAACAUUUUCAUUUGGGUCUAGUGGCAAUGCACAAACAGGAGCGGCAAAUUCAAGCUUCCAACUUGGAUUAAAUGGAACAAGUUCACCUGCACUUCCUAAAUCAUCAGAAAGUGCAAAUUCUGGAGCACCAAAAACUACUUUCUCCUUUGGGUCAAGCACUGCUAUCUCUUCAGAAGCUCCAAAAUCUGCACCUCAAAUCGGAACAAGUAGCAAUACCCUUGAAGUUGCUUCGAAGUCAACAUUCCAAUUUGCAUCAAGUGGGCAGGCUGCAAAUGUUCCAACUGUGCCUUCAUUUCAGUUGGGGUCAAACGUCAGCAACUCUACUUCAUCAACAUUUCAGUUUGGGUCGGGUAGUAAUAAGCCAGUUAUGCCAGCUACUGCUACCAAAACAGCUGUCCAAUUUGGAUCCAUCAGCACUGGUUCUUCUGAGGGCACUAAACCAAGUUUUCAAUUUGGAUCCAGCACAAGUACUUCCUCCUCUCCCCCAUCAUCAUCCUUUCAGCUUGGAUCAAAUAGUGGAUCAAUGGUGGCUCCCAAUGCAGCUGUUCAGUUUGGAUCUACCAGCAGCAGUGGUUCAUCUUUGGGUGCUAAAUCUAGUUUCCAAUUUGGGUCAAGUAAUCCAUCAAUGGCUCUUAAACCAACAGUUCAAUUUGGAUCCACCAAUAACGGAUCUUCUGAGGCUCCCAAAUCAGCCUUUCAAUUUUCAAGCACUAGCGUUUCCUCUGGAAAUCCUAAACCUGCCCUUACAUUUGGAUCAAGUGGCACUCCCGAUAUUUCCAAGCCCUCUAUGUCAUUUGGCUCUACUGGUUCUUCGAAAGAUACUUUCCAAUUUGGAGGGGGUAGCCAAAACUCUUCAUCAGCAAAUCCUUCCUUUCAGUUUGGAUCUACUGCAGCAUCUCCUCAACAAUCAAAUCAGUUUGGAUCUAAUGCAGUGUCUCCUCAACAAUCAAUCCAGUUUGGAUCUAAUGCUACAGGCGCCGCUUCUCAAUCCACCAGCUCGCCCUUUGCAUUUGGGUCCAACUCAAGUAAAUCUGUGGAUUCAUCCAAGCCAUCCUUCCAAUUUUCUACCAGCUCUGAUAAACCAACAUUUGGCUCAUCUCAAGGUUCAGGUUCUGCAUUUAGUCAAGUGCCACAACAACAGUCAAAGGGAGCUUUUGCAUUCGGUCAACCGUCCAAUGCUGGCACCAAUGUUAAUGAAGCUAAGAAUACCUUUACAUUUGGGUCCUCCACACCUUCAUUUGGCUCCACCAGCGCAAGCUCGCCACCAUUUGGAUCAGGAUCAAGUUCUGCCACAUUCGGUUCUACGUCAAGUACACAUUCAGCACAGCCCUCUUUUGGGUCUUCUGCACUAAAAUCAAAUGGAUUCAAUUCAACACCAACUUUUGGCGGUGGCUCCAAUUCAGGUGCUUUCUCCUUCAGUGCCAACAGUUCAUCAGGAGUAGGAACCAAUGCUGGGGCUGGUGGAGCCUUUUCUUUUGGCCAAAACCAAGAUCAAGCUUCUCAAUCAUUUAGCUUUAAUGCCACUGUCACAACGGUCCCUAAUCCUUCUGCUCAAGCUGCUCAAACUCCUGGUUUGUUUAGCGUUGGUGCAGGAUCAUCAUCCAGUACACGUCGUGUCGUAAGAGAUGCUCGCAGGCGACGGUGAUAAUUUACAUAGCAUGUAUUUGGUUCUGUAUUGUUGUAUUUUAUGUAAUUUUUAAUAUAAACUAUUGUUUUGUAA